AUGGGUUGUGUUUGUUGCAAGUUUCCAUCAUCUUUGUCUGAUGGUGGUAAGAAGAUCAAGCGGAAGAGACGAAAAAACGCCACAGCAGACGAGUUUUCUGAAGUUAUUCCUAUCCCUUCUCACGAUUUCAAGCUGGAGUGUGUCGCGCUUACACGACGUGGGUAUUUCCCUGACACCCCGAAUAAAGAUAAUCAAGAUUGUUUCUGUAUCAAAACAAGUAUCCAAGGUAACCUAGCGGCUGGAGGGCGCUUCUUCUGUCUCAACUGGAAUGAGGGAAGGGGUCUCGAUGGGGCAGUUGCUUCGAUCGAUUUGUAUAAAGUGUGCAGAUCUUGCAACUUCUCUUCUCAUCUUAUCCUAAUACAGCCGUCACCUCCAUCCUUAUGCCUCCCACCACCGGCCGUCACCCUACCCUCUUGCUCCUCCGACCACCGUAUCUACCGCCAUGUCGAGGGUUGUUGUUGCUAUCUUUUCGUGAAGGCUGAAGACAGAGACCGACGAGGGGUUGCACCAUUUCAGUCGUGUGUAAUGAGGAAUGCACCACAGCCGCCUGUCGCUGCAGUUGCUGCCGCUCGGAGAUGCGUCCAUCGCCGGACGCCGCGACCUUCUUGCCCGAGAAGGGAGCCGUGGAGGAGCCGCUGCCAUUGGUCGAAGUCCGCUGCCAUCAUUCUUCUUAUUCUCUUCUUCCGCUAG